AUGAAAUUCGGGCACAAGAAAGACGAGCCGGCCCCUCCAGAUCCGGUCUUCGAUGAAGAUGAAGAUCUCAGCGAAGUUUGGCCACAAGUUGUGCGACAGUAUGAGGACACUACCAAGAGGAAGCUGGAUGCAAACACGACCUUCAACAGCUUCCAGCUACAGAUUGACGCCGAUAUAAAAGAGUCUUCGACGAAAAGCCAUCAAAACGCCAGAAUCGUUUUGAACAAUAUUGGGAACUGUCUUGAACAGUUUGGUUGCAUGGUCGCACAAGUGGCGGGUGUGGUCUUCGGGCCCGCUGCGCAAUGCUGGAACGCUAUCAGUUUCGUCGUUCAAGCAGCUCGGAGCAUUAGCGGUAUGAUGGACGGGUUCGUCAUUCUGAUGGAACGCUCAUCGGCUUUUAUUCGUCGCCUGGUGAAUUUCAUGGAGCAGAAGGUCGGCGAAGGCGGGUCCCACCUACCACGUGUUCUGCGAAGGCCAGCAUACAACAUCCUCUCUCAGUUCUUGGGCGUACUUCGUUGUUCGUACAAGCUAGCUACGAGUAAGAAAGAACGGUGGAACAAAUGGGCUGGAAUCGUUCUUUUCAACUCCGAUGAUAUGGCAGAAUCGCUGGAACUGAUGGAGGAUCAAAUUCAGGAGUUUACCAGAGCCGAGGAAAAGAACUUGGAAAAGAUCGCAAAACAUCUGGGUUUGAAGAAGUCGGAAGACUGGGAGACUUGGAGUAAGCGACACAACGAGCUCUGCAAGACGCAUGUGCAGGGGACGGGAGACUGGCUUAGUCAAGACGAGUCCGCAUUCGUGCAGUGGUCUGAUCUGAAUCGGCAUGACAGAAAAGUUCUCUUCCUGAGAGCAGACUCCGGCUUUGGCAAAACUCAUCUCUUCAAUCACGUCGUCUCUCAUCUCGAAAAGAAAUUUCGAGCUACGCGUGGAAUUACUACGGCCUUUCUGGCGUAUUAUUACUACGGGGACGACGAAGACGACUCCCUGGAACGUUGUGUUGGCUCCAUCAUCUACCAAUUUGCAUCUGCAGAUAUUGGAUAUGCUAAAGCCGUAGUGGACGAAUGCGCGCGGCACGCAAACAUUGCGCGAGCUGAAGAUCGAUGGAACAAGCUCGUUUGGGGAUUGCAGCAUGCCAUGAAAGGGACAUACUUCAUAUGCAUGGACGGCUUCGAUAGUCCCAGCCAACUGGACAGUGCAGAAAUAAUGAUGUCUACUAUCGCAGGUCAAGCUGCGUCUUCAGCCAAGUCUAAUGGAGUUUCCCUACGUCUCUUUGUAUCUGGAAACGACGAUGCGCUUGCUGAGGUCUCUCAAGGAAUGAAAGAUGUCGACAAUAUCUUUCUCGGGAUACGCAGAGACUCUGCCAAAUUCACGGGACGAGCUAGCAACAAUUCAGAUUUAGCUUCGGACUCGCUGCCAAACGCGAGCGAUCUGAAAGCUGUCACAAGCGCCAGGAUCGAGGAGGUUUGCAAGGUUAAACCCGGUCUGAAGACCAUUCUUACUGACGCGAACAUCGAGCUUUUGCUUAAAGGCAUACACGGAAACUACAGCAACCUUGAGGCCAAGAUAACGGAGAUCAACGCCUGCGACACUAAAGGAAAGGUUCAAGAAGUGAUCAACAACACAAGUGCCGACAUGCAUGCCGUCCAAAGAGAUAGGGUCAAAACGCUGGACGCUGUUCUGAAUUCACGUCAGGCUCAGGUGCUUAAUGAUCUUCUUGUGUGGGUUGCAGGGUGUAGCUACCCACCGACGAUCAGGCUGCUCGAGAGCGUCCUCUUCUUUACCUCUGGCGAAGAGUUUCUGCUCACGGAUCAGAUUGCUACUACCUACUCGCCUGUGCUCAUGAUUGACGAGGGUAAGGUGGGAUUCAAGGGCGGCGUCAGGGAUAUCCUGUCCGCGAGUGCUUCCUCAGGAGUUGGAUCUGCAGUCCCUCAGUUACACUCUGAAGCAAUCACCAGUGCCGAGGUCGAGCUUUGUCGCCGGUUCAUAAGAAAUGCUUGUGGUGCAAUGGAUUACGACAGAUUUAGGUUCGAUGAUUUCUUCCAGGCCAUGGCGCAAAAGGUAAACAUUCACCUCGAGGACGACAACGUUGUGAAUGUCACCAUCAUUCGCUUGUGUAUCGAUGUUCUGUUCGACAACAGGAAAGACGCAAAUCUCGAAGCAAUCCGCGACUAUGCCUCAUUGUGGUUUUACGCACAUCUCAAGACCUUGGUCGAGGCGCUCGAUGACUUUGAGCCAGAAAGAAAGUUCAUGAGUGAUAUCGGAGGCAAACUGGUUGACUUGAUCUAUGACCCCAAGAUGAUCGAUACGUGGUUCACCAGGAAUAAUCUGAUCUGGUUCAAGUACGACUGGCUGUAUUCAGAAGAGUUCCUCGAUCCUAUCGUGGCGUUACUGAAGAAUUCACAAGUGGCCAAAGGCUAUGCAAAGGAUGCAAAGAAGAGUGACUGGACCAAGUCUGUGGUUUUCGACACCGCAAGCAAAUACUCCGUCCUCGAGCGCAUCGCUGCGCGACUGGCGACUCAUUGGUUUAGCUGCUCAACUGGUACGAUCGACAGAGAUUAUCUUUGGAUCUCAUGGGGCAUUGUAGCCAAGAUAUCCAAGCCGGACAAACCGUUCGAAGAACGGAACCUGCCCCCGAACGCAGCCAUCGAGGAGUAUAUCUGCUGGGUGAAGGAGCAUAAGGAUAUCGACAUCGACAGCUCCACCUGGGACUACCGCGUAGGGGCUACGUACAUGGUCUUCGAGCAUUACAAGGAGGCCAUUGUUGCAUUGGAAAGGGUGAAGCAACAGUCUCUGACAAGUUGGGGCCUCUUCUUCAAUCUAGCAAUUGCCCAUGAGAAUCAAAAGAACCAUCGUACGGCACUUGGAUACAUACAGAACUUCAAAUCGCUCAGCGAGAUGUUCCUUGAGACGGACGAUUCUUACAAGGGGGCCUACUGGGAUAUGCUCAAGAGCGAAGGCAACUGCUAUCGGGAGUGUCAUGAGUACGACAUGGCCGUGCAAUCUUACCAGGAAAUUUUGAGCCAGAAUUUCAGUGAAGCAUCCGGUAUGAGCUCGCUCCACUUAGACGCGCUUUUGGGACUCUUUAAAACCUGGACCGAUGCGAAGAGCUCGCGUUUUAUCAUUGAUCUCAUUCGCAGCUGGAAAGAUGCGACAGCCAAGGGUCGUGGAUCGACCUACUGGCUGCGAAGAGCAUCACGCGAAGAUGCCCUUCAUACAUGCAUCAUUGUGGCUGCGAAGCAAGUUGGUGCCGCGGAAGAGAUCAUCUAUCUGUACCAAGAGGCCAUCGAUCACAAGCCGUUGGAUGAACCUGCUGUCGAGGGCGAGCCGGGGAUGGACAUCUCUGCCGAAGCAACCGCACAACUGCAGUACUUCCAAGCCGUCCUCAUAUCCUAUGGAAGAGGGUCCAACAACGAUCACCAUCAGAGUAUAAAAUGCUGGGAAGACAUCGUCCUACAAUCUGAUAACAACCCAGCGUCGUAUAUGACAGCAUGGAAUGCGACUCGCAAGCUAGCUUCGAGUCUUCUUGAGAAGGCAUUUGCCGAAACCCUACCAGCUCUUUCCAGUUCUUCCGAGGAUUACAUCGGCCGAUUAAAGAAUCUUGCCAACUCGAACACCAGAAUAAUCUGUUACCUUCGUCAAGGAUCUUGUGAUCCUAGUAUCUGUUUAGCCAGGCUGUACUAUGUCAAAGAAGAUCAUACUUCCGCUUCCACUCAGGCACAAGCUCGUCUUUGCAGUGUCUUCGACAAGUGGCCUGAAUCCACAGACGAUGCCUCACUCAGGAUGCGCUUCUCGAGCCUUGCCGCUACACUAACUGUCCUCGACAAGGAUGCCGAUGCUAUCGCAGCGUGGCAAGCAAUAGGGCCGUAUCAACCGUCGAACGCUAUGGUCGCGAAAGCAGAUGCACCAGGUACUGAAGAGCUUACACAGUCAACCCCUGAAGGUCCUUACACAGAUAGUGUGCCAGCAGAAAAUGACAAGAAGUCGGAGGACAUUCCAGCUGCAGCCUCUUCGUCUACGACUACGACUAAAGCGUAUGUCUCAGGAUACCUUUGCGAUGGCUCUUGCGGGGUCGAAUGGACAGACGUGAUGGCCGACUGUUGGGCAUGCAAGCACUGUCUCUGCGUCCAGCUUUGCCCAGGGUGUUACAAGAAGCUUCUGGAUGACGACCUACAGCCUCUCAUUUGUAACAAAGAUCAUAAGAUGCUCUACAUACCACCCUUUGACUGGGAAGCAUGGCGCACUAUCCCCGCAGAUAUGAUGACUGUGGAUAAUAAGCCAGUGCAUCGCAAAGAUUGGGUGGACAAGAUUCGCAAAGAGUACAACGUGCAACAGGAUGAGAUCGAUUUCAUCAAGAUUGAGAAGGCCAGGGGACUAAAGGCUGCCAGCGUCAUUGCCGUGCGGUGGCGCAACAGGUUGCAACGAGCCAAGACCUUCAGAGAGGUAGCUGGUGCGAUAGUGACAUCUUCUGUUAUGAAACAGCACCACCCAGAAUGA